AUGUUUUAUUCCGAUAAUGGCAAGCAGCUGAUCAAAGUCAAGAAUGACUUGCAGAAGUAUCUGGAGGAGAUGUCCCUCAAGCGACCAGAUCAGGAGUACCGAGUCAAGUGGCAGCAUCUCACUGCGCACUCCCCAUGGAAAGGAGGAUUCUACGAGAGACUGAACAGGUCCAUCAAGGAAGCGCUGUCCACCUUCUCCCUCGACCGCUCAGUUUCCACGCACAGCAUUGCCGGACGCGUCAAUGGCAAAAAGUCAAAACUCUCACUCGAUCAACUGAAGCAUGUAUUUGCGGAAAUCGAGUCCAUGAUCAACAAUCGCCCACUCUUCGAGUACGAAGGCAAGGUCAUUCGGCCGAUAGACUUCAGAGCCGGGCAAGGCAGUCUGCAGAUGCCGAUUGCUUGCAACCUGCCAGCACGGUACCAAAAGCCCAACAUCAUUAGAGACUACAAGGCCUUUCAGACUAAGGUCAACCACUUUCGGCGGCUGUGGAAAACCAGCUACAUCCUCGAGCUGCGUUGUUUCCAUCAGCAUACAGAGAAACAGAAGGUUCCCCGCCAGUUUGAAGUCGGGGACGUCGUGCAUGUCAAAGCACCAAGCACUCGCCUGGAUCAGUGGCCACUUGGCGUUGUGACCCAGGUGUUUCGCAGUUCGGACGGCAUCAGCAGAUCAGUGAAAGUCCGCACUUUGAGUCGCGGCAACGUCGUUGAAGAGAACAAGGACGUGAGGAACCUCAUCCCCACGGAGGCCAACCAAGAGCGUCAUGAGUACAGUGAACCUGAGGAGACCCCAGUCCCAGACCCAGCACCGGUGGAUCAUCAGUCAUUCGACUUACCAGACCCUCGUCUCCGAGCGACUGCCAGUCGCAUUGCUCGCCUACGACCAGCACCAGCAAAGAAGGAGUCAUUGGACAAAUUGGCGAAGAAGUGGUCGCGCGCCUUGCAGCUGAAGCAGAAGGACGCCGUUUACCGGCAGCGGCUGCGCGACAUGAUCUCAAGUGCACUUGCUGAAGGCACGCCAAGGGACGAUCCACGAGUGAAGGACUGGCUCCAGGAGCUCUACUCAAUCAGCACUGACACCCACUGUCGUGCUCUGCCAUAA